GGCGGGGCCGGGCCGGGCCGGGCCGGGAUGGCGGCGGGGGCGGCGGGGGCGGCGGGGGCCGCGCGGGGCCGGGCCCGGGGCCGCUGACAGCCGCCGCCGCGCCAUGUACGCCAAGGGCAAGGGCUCCGGCGUGCCCUCGGACGGCCAGGCCCGCGAGAAGCUGGCGCUCUACGUCUACGAGUACCUGCUGCACGUGGGGGCCCAGAAAUCCGCCCAGACCUUCUUGUCGGAGAUCCGAUGGGAGAAGAACAUCACGCUGGGGGAGCCCCCCGGCUUCCUGCACUCCUGGUGGUGCGUGUUCUGGGAUCUGUACUGCGCCGCCCCGGACCGCCGGGAAACCUGCGAGCAUUCCAGCGAGGCCAAAGCCUUCCAUGAUUACAGCGCGGCGGCAGCGCCCAGCCCGGUGAUGGGGAACCUGCCCCCCGGGGACGGCAUGGCCGGGGGUCCCGUGCCCCCCGCCUUCUUCCAGCCUUUCAUGUCCCCCCGGUACCCCGGCGGCCCCCGGCCCCCGCUCCGGAUGCCCAACCAGCCCCCCGUGGGUGUUCCCGGCUCGCAGCCGCUGCUGCCCAACGCCAUGGACCCGGCUGCGCGGGCUCAGGGGCAUCCCGGCAUGGGGGGCCCGAUGCAGCGCAUGAACCCCCCCCGAGGCAUGGCCGCCAUGGGGCCGCAGAGCUACGGCAGCGGGAUGCGUCCCCCCCCCAGCUCUCUGGCCGGCCCUGGGAUGCCCACCAUGAACAUGGGUCCCGGUGGCCGCGGGCCCUGGCCCAACCCCAACGCCAACUCCAUUGCCUACUCCUCCUCAUCCCCUGGCAAUUACGUGGUGAGUAUUGGGGUGCAGUGCUGGGCACGGGGGGGCUGCAGUGACCCUGUGACCCCCCCCAAACCCACCCCCCAUUUUUCCUGUUUUCCUUUUCCCUUCCAGGGCCCUCCUGGGGGCGGUGGCCCCCCUGGUACCCCCAUCCUGCCCAGCCCCGGAGACUCCACCAACUCCAGCGAGAACAUGUACACCAUGAUGAACCCCAUGGGACCCGCGGGGAGCCGGCCCAACUUCCCCAUGGGGCCCGGAGCCGAGGGGCCCCUGGGCGGGAUGAGCGCCAUGGAGCCGCACCACAUGAACGGCUCCUUAGGCUCCGGGGACAUGGAUGGGCUGCCAAAGAGCUCCCCCAGUAAUUUGGGGGCCCUGAGCAACCCCCCCGGGACCCCUCGCGACGACGCCGAGCUGAGCAGCAAUUUCCUAAACCCCUUCCAAAGCGACAGCUACUCGCCCAGCAUGACAAUGAGCGUGUGAGCCCCGCGCCGAGGCCGCCGACAGCCAGACCGCCCUCACCCGCCACCGAAAAAAAAAACACAAAAAAACAAAUUAAUUAAUUCAUUAAUUUUAAUGAUCAAAUGAUCAGAUUUCCCCCCCACCACACACCCCCACACCCCGGACCCGCCCCGUCACCUUCCCGCCCCCCCCCAUUCAGCGCCCCCCUCCUUUCCUCCGCCCGGUUCCGCCCCCUCCCCUUUUAAAUUUUUUUUUAAUUAUUUUUUGGUUUUUUGGGUUUUUUUUUGUCCAAACGAACACUAAAAAGGAGCAGGAAAAAAAGCGCGGGAGUUAAAAAAAAAACAAAACAAAACAAAAAAAAAGAAAUAAUAAUGAUGAUUAGGAAUAAGUCACGGGACUUAUUUGCUGCCCCCUCCCCUCCCUCCUUUCCAGCACUGGGACCCUCCCCCAAGCAUUGGGGACCCCCCCAAACCGCUGGGACCCCAUUUAUGCCCCUCCCAGCAAUGGGAGCCCCCCCCUUUGGGCAGGGACCCCAUUUAUUGAAUCCCCCCCCAGCACUGGGGACCCCCAAACUGGGCUGGGACCCCAUUUAUUGCCCCCCCCCACAUUCCCAUCCGCAGCCCCCCCCUCUCCAGGGCGGGGUCGGUGCUGAGGGGGGGGGUCCAGCACUGGGGGGGGGGGCUGAAGGGGCAUUUUUGGGGUGUUUUGCCCCCCCACGUUGGGAGGGGGAUUUUUUGGGAUUUUUUUAUUUUUGGGGGGGG